UAUUAAUUAAAUAUUCAUAUUUUCGUGACUAUAAUUAAAAUAAUUAAAACCGUAGCGGACCUGUCAAAACGCGACACGAGCCGCGCAUGCGCAGCUCCCUCCCCGGGUGUCUGUUGACAAACGUGACCGCCGCGUCUCUCCGCCGAUUCUCCGCCGUCGUCGUUAAAGUGGACCGGAAAAUGUGACUCGGCGGGACUGCGUCGACGCUGAGACGUUACCGGGAGACUCUGCAUGAAGCUGUGAAUCCGGUCUAAUCUGAGCCAUGCUGAAAUGGUUUUCCGGCGAGGAGGGAGAGUCGGGCUCUGUAGCUCCAGGCUCUCCCCGCGCUGCCGCCGCCGGUGUUGGUGGAGAGGUAGCUGUAGAAGAGAUGGCAGAGCGCCUCACUCAAACCGAGCAGCUCGUCUCUCAGCUGAAGGAGAUGAUCCGGGAGAGGGACGCAGCACUCCGCUCCAAAGACGACGAACUUAAGGUGGAGAAGGAGACGUGUGAGGCCAAACUGUCCAAGCUGCGUCUGCAGAACAAAGCCAAGGUGACCUCGCUCAACACACAGCUGGAGGAGCUGAGGAGACAACAGGGGGGCCAGGGCACGCCGACACACAGCAAGAAGGGCUCGUCGGAAGGAGAACAGGCCAGCCGGGGGAAGAUCGUGCUGCUGAAGAAGAAGGUUGAAGAACUCGAACACCAGCUCGCACAGAGAGUGGAGGAACUGGAAAACAAGAGGAAGGAGGUCGAGUCACAGCGGCAGCGAGGCGAGGAAAUGGACGCGAUGCUGGCAGAGAGAGACAAGAAGCUGUCAGAAAAAGAGGCGUACAUCGUCCACCUGCAGACCGCACUGGCUGGAGAUCAGCCCGUCACUCCUGCCCCGCUGCAGAAGGAGGACGUUGGAGCGAUGCAGGAGCUGCAGCUGCUGGUGCAGAGUCUGACCAGGAAGGUGGGAGAGUCCGAGGAGCGUUACAGUCUCCUGCAGGAGCAGGCGGAGAGCUUCAAAGAGCUGCUGGCCACAGAGAAGGAGCAGUACAGCCAGAAGGAGAGCAUGUACAAACAGAACAUCCAGACGUUCAAAGACAUCAUCAUUCAGAAAGACAACCAGCUGAUGGAGAUCAACCAGAUGCACGAACAGGAGCUCUUCAAGCUGGCAGCCAAGUCUGAUGCCAGUGCAGACUUGGAACAGCUUCUGAAGGCUCUGAAACAGAAGCUUCAUGAGAAGGAGGAGGUGCUGCUGGGUAAGACUCAGGUCAUCGAUGUUCUGCAGGGAGAGGUGGACGGCAGGGACCAGCAGAUAAAGGAGCUCACAGAGCGACUACGUCGGCUACAAGUGGAACGAGAGAGCCUCGAGUCCAAGAUGGAGGCAGAGAAGCACGUGAUGCGAGCGCAGCUUCGCGACCUGAUGGAAAAGCAGCGGGCGGAGGCGCAGCGAAUGACGGAGCAGCAUCAGGCACAGAUGGCCCAAACACAGCAGGAUCUGCUGGGGCAGCUGGAGGAGCUGAGGAGGGCAUCGGCACCAGCACCACCUGCCGGUCAGGAGGCCUCCUCAGGAGGUGGAAACAUGCACGAGGACUCAGCCUCCGUCCAAAGGAUAGCCGAGCUGGAAGCUCAAGCGAAGCAAAAAACAGACGAAGCCAGCAAAUCAGAGGCCAAGUUCCUGAAAAUGAAAGCGUGGUCUAAAAAUCGGAUCAGACAGCUGGAGGAUGAGUUGAAGAAGAGCCAGGCUGGAGGCGCCCCGCCGGAGCUGACGGCCCUGCGGAGUCAGAUCACGGCACUGGAAGAAGAGAGAGAGGAAAACCUCUGGAAAGUGGAGCAGUACGAGGAGCUCAAAGCAAAGAACGGAAUGCUGGAGGCUAAGCUGGUGGUCUAUGAGGAGCAGCAGAGGACGCUACAAGCAGACCUGGAGCAGUUCACAAAGAGGGCAGCCUCGCAGGCGAGCGAGUCGGGCAGUGCUGACGACACUCAGAGCCAGGUCCUGGAGUGGCAGGAGAUGGUAGCCGAGGCGGUCAGCACCAGGGACCGGGUCAAAGAGGAGAAGGCUGCCAUGGCGCUCCGCAUCAGCCACAUGGAGGAGGAAAGAGAGGAACUGAUUGAGGAUGACUGGUUCUUUCCUGGCUGCUCCGAUCCAGCUAUGGCCACUCGGCAGCAGGAGUUGGAGGAGGAGCUGGCUCAAACUCGGGGGCUCGGCCAACACAGGGCCAAGAAGCUGGCAGCUCCAGCCCAGCGAAGCCUGCAGGAUGACUUUGAGUUUGACGGGCAGGCCUCUUUCCAGGACCCGCGGAGCCCCUCCGAGAGCACAACCCCGAUGGAGGGAGAGAACAUGGGAGGUUGGUGGCCCGAGUACAGUACUCCUGACACAGAUGGUUUGCGGUCUGUUGUGGAGGAGCUGGAGCUGGAAAGGAACCAGCUGCAGGAGCAGAUCCUGAGCCUGGAGGAGCGCUGUCAAGAUCUGGAGGAUCGACUGCAGCUGCAGGCUCGCAUCGAGACGUUACAGGUGACGUUUGAUGUAAAUGAAGAUGAACAGCCAUUUUGGGUCUCUCAGAACGAGUCGGAGAAACUCCAGAGCCAACUCGCCAGUGUCCGAAGUCAACAGAGUAGAGAUGCAGAGAAGCAUCAGCUGCUCGUUACCAGCCUCAACGAACAGCUCAAAGGGCUGAGUAACACACAGGAGUGUCUGGAGAGCUCACUCAUCGAGAAGGAGAAUACGUUGGCCAAGACGUCUGAGAAACUCGAGCUCAUCAACAGCCUCCGAGAAUCUUUGAGUGAAAAAGAAACUCAAUGCAAAGACGUGUCCGACAAGCUGCUUCAGACCGAGCACACUCUUGAGAACGUUUCCAAGAUAUGCAGUAGCUCAGAGAAGCAGUGCACCGAGCUGAAGACAGAAGUUGUCGAUCUCGCACAGAAGCUGAGCUCGCUGAAGGAGAAGACACAAAAGCAGGAGGUCACCAUAGAAACUUUACAAGCGGAUCUUGAUCAGACAAACGAAGAGCUGGACAAACUGAACACGGCCUACUUGGAAGAAAGAGCCCAACUCAUUCAUGACCUCCAAAGCUGUGAGCGGGAAAUCGAUAGUCUUAAAGAUGUCCUGUUGGAAAAGGACAAGGAGAUCUCGACCCUCUCUGGUCACAUGACGGAAUAUGCAGAGCAGGUCACAGUGCUGAAGCAGGAGCUCAAACUCAAAGAAGAGAACCUGGUUCAUGUAGAAAAUGCACUGAGUAAGGCACAGCGGGAGGCCAUGAUCAUCAGAGAGUCACAGAGUUCAGACCAACAAGCCCUGGAUAGCAAGAUGGCAGAGCUGGUGGGGAACCUCAAGGAUACUGAGAUGGAGUUGGUCAAGGCCAAAGAGGAAAGAGAGUCUAAAGUGGCUGAGGUGGAACUUCUGAUCAAGCAGGCUGAAGAGGACAAGAAAACUCUUCAGGACCUUCGAGGGGACAUCCAGAAACAGAUUGUGAGCCAUCGCAAUCAUCUAUCUGAAUGUGAAUCACACAUCACAUCUCUAAAGGAACAGCUGACUUCAUCAACCCAAAAGCUCCAGGAGUCAGAAGGACUCGUUCUGCAACUCAAGGACAAAAAUACCAGCAACGAGCAACUACAGCAACAGCUCAACGAUAAAGAACAGAUGUAUGCGACAGAACUGAAAUCUGUCAAGGAUGAACAGAACAAGCUUCUGGCACAGGUGGAAAAAUUGUCCAAACAAUUAGAGGAGCAAGUACAGAGUGAGGAGCACAUUAAAAAGGAGAUGGAAGAGAAACUGGAAACCAUAGCUUCACUGGAAAACCAACUGAAGGCAACUGAUAAACAGGCUGAGGACGAGAGGCAGAAAUUCAACACAGAAUUAAAAGUCAGGGAUUCAGAAAAUGAGAAAUUGAGCAAUGAACUUCAGAGCAAAUCUGAAAAUAUCUCCAAACUCAAAAACCUGUUAAAAAACAUGAAGACUGAGAAAAAGCAGCUGCAAGAAAAGCUUACAGGGCUAACUGAGGAGCACGAGCUGCAGAAGCAAAAUGUGACUGAACUCAGUGAAAAGGUGGCAUCUGCUCUUGAACUAAACAGCAGUCUUGAAGAUCAAGUACAACGCCUUACAAAAGAGAAAGAGACACUUGAACUGGAAGUAGCUGAAAGCGUAAAAACUAUCUCAGAAGUUAGAGUUGAAAAUGAAUCAUUGCAAGCCAAAAUAUCCAUGUUAGAAACACAAAACAACACAAUAAUUGAAGGGCUACAAAAAGAUAAAGAGGAACUGACUGUUCGGACUAAUGAGUUAAAUCGAGUUCUUGAGCAAAGUGCACACUCAAACUCAGAGAUUUUGCUGGAAAAGACCAAUGAAUGUAGUAAUCUCAACCAGUUACUCAGGGAAAGAGAAGAGAGGGUGGCACAGCUGCAGGAGCAAGUGCAAAGCUUCACUUUGAAGGCAGACCAGCUCCAGCAUGACGUGGCAGAAAAAGAGCAGGCUGUCAACGAUCUCCGAGCACAAACGGAGGCCCAACAAAACCAGCAAAUGCACCUUCAGGAAACACUGUCUCUGCUUCGAGAACAGGAAUCCAGUCUAAAGUCAGAGUUAGUGGAGAAGGACACAGUGUUGAAAGACAACCACAGUUUGCAGAAUGAAGUUACACAGCAGAAGAACAUUGUAUCCAAACUUCAAGCGGAGGCCGAAUCGCUCAGCGAAGAACACUCAAAGCUUCGCCAGCAAAUCGAAGACAAAGAAGAAAUGUUAAAGAGUGUCAAAGAACAGUCUCAAAAACACAAAGAAGAACUGAAUGACUCAAACAAGAGGAUUAAGUUUCUGAGUGACCAAAUCAGUGUCACGGAAGACAAUUCCAGAAAGCUUGAGUCUGAAGUAGAGAUUAGGCAGACAGAGUUGGCCAACUUAAACGGCUACAUUCAGAAAGUAACUGAAGAAAACCUCCAACUUCGUGCUGCUUGUGAGUCCAGAGAAAAUGAACUUGUUCUGCGAACACAAGUUCUAUCCGAUCUUGAUGGACAGCUUAAAGCGACUCUUGAACAGAACUCCAGUUUUAGCAUGAAGAUUAACAGCCUAACGGAAGAUAAUCAGAGACUACAAGAGGAGUUAGCGCAGAACAUCAAAUCAGUUUCCGAACUAACCAUGGAGAGGAGUUCCCUCCAAGAGGAAAAGGACACGCUCACUUUUAGAGCAGAUGAAUUACAAAAGAUCCUCAAAGAAAGCGAACUGUCAAACUCUGCAGGUUUGCUCGAGAAAACAACUGAAUGUGCUAAUCUGUCAAAAACUUUAACGGAGCGAGAAGAGCAACUUCAAAGUCUUCAAGAGGAAGUCGGUGGCCUUAAAAAGCAAGUUAGUCAACUCAGCAUGUCCUUGAAUGAGAAAGAACAAACUGUGUUAGAACAGAGUUCACAGUUGGAAGCUCAGCAGAACCAAAUGCUUCAACUUCAGGAUACAGUGUCCAUGCUUCAGGAACAAGGAUCUGUCCUCAAGUCAGGGCUAAUGGAGAAAGACACAAUGUUUCAGCAGAAAGCAGAGGAAUGUAGUGUUUAUCAGAAUGAAGUCAUGCUACAGAAAACCUUCAUAUCGCAGAUGCAGGGUGAGGUGGAGUCACUGCGGCAAGAGUGCUUAGAGGCAAAACAGCAGAUAGAGCAAAAAGAGAAGACAUUAAAAGAAGUGACAAAUGAGUUUCAGAACCACAAAGAUGAGCUGAAUAAACGAAACGAAUCAGUGAUUUCACUCAGCAGUCAGCUUGGCGCCAUCAAUGAGAAUGCUGCAGAGAUGGAGGCUGAAAUUACCAACCUAAAGGCUGCCGUGCAGAAACUCACGACAGAGAACUCUCAGCUAAUACAGGAGGAGGAGCAGAGGAAGGCGGAGAUAAUCGAUUUUAAAGAUAACAUUCAGGCACUGGAUGAGCAGAAUAUAAAAUUAAAAUCUGAAUAUCAGAAAACGGUGACGGUGCUGUCUAAAGCACAAAAAGAAGUCACACAUCUCAAAAUGGCACGGUCAGAGAAUGAGAAACUUAAUUUGACCUUGCAAGGAAAAGACGAUUCCCUAAAACAGCAGGAGACUUUGAUUCUGCAACUCAACAGGAGGAUUGCUGAGCAGGAGGAGGAGCUGAAACAGAAAGCAGAGCACAAUGUCAGUUUAAGUGCAAAGGAAUCAGAGCUUGAAAAUUUGGUGGGUGAACUCAGAGGUCAAGUUGACAGCCUUACCUCAGAGUCAUCCAUACUGAAAAAUACUGUGCAGGAAAAAGAACAGUCGAGUCUUGAAUAUCAAAGUCAGUCUUCAGCUGCCGUUGAAAAUCUCAGUUCAAACCUACAAGCCAAAGAGGCCGAGUGUGAGAGCUUGAAAGAACAGAUUUCACACCUUGAAGAAUCGGUCACAAAGCUCAGUAACACCCUCCAAGUGCAGAUAUCUGAUAUGGAAAAUCUGAAAAAGGCCUUUGAAGAAAAAGAUACAGCUCUUUUGGAUCAAUCAAAGUCCCUUCAGGAUAUUCAAAGAAGGGCAGAUGAGGCAUUGCUCUUCAAAACUCAGUUCAUGGAAAGCACAGAGUUGGUGUCACAGCUACAGAGUCAAAUUCAGUUACUGUCCACUGAGUCUGAAAACCUCAAAAAGUCAGCAGAAGAAACGCAAAGUGCCUUUAACAACCUUCAAGAGAAAUAUGCAGCUAACUUGGAGGAGUUGCAAGAUAUAAGAAAGCAACUGUCCCAAAGGAAUGAUGAUGUGUCCAACCUUCAGAAACUAUUGGAUGAUACCAAUAACGAACAUCAGACAGCAAAGACCACUAUAGAAACACUGAGAAAUGAGUUAUCUGCGAUCCAUCACAAACUUGAGAAAACUGAAGUCUUGAACUCGAGUCUUUCAAAGGAAAAGGAGGAAGCUUUUGCUUCUCAUCAAUCAAGCGUGUCACUGCUGACAGUUGAAAUAGAACGACUCAAAUCACAACAUCUUCAAGUCGUGGCACAAAUGAACGCGCUGACAGAAAACCUUGAGCAGAGAGAAAUGGCUCUCCACGCAAUUAACAGUCAGUACACAUCCCAGGCCAAACACACAUCUCAGCUGGUUUCAGAAAUGCAGAGACUAGAGGAGCAAAAUAAGAGACUAAAUGAGGAGAUUAGUUUGUCAAAGGAAGAGCACCAGAAGCUUCUUAGUGCUGUCAGGAAUGAAAACACACAUUUGCAAGAGGAAGUUAGAAAAGUUCUAGCAGAGAAGGAGGAGCUGGAAAGGAGACAUCAUGAAAUACGCGCAUUGCAGGUUGAAAUGGAGCAGCAGUCCAGCAGCAUGAGCGAAACAAUGACGAAAAUGAUGUCCGAGAAGGAGAGCCUUCAAGCAAAGGAGACGAGGCAGAGGGUGGAUGAAGUACAACAAACCGUAAAGAAGAUGCAAACUUACGCAGUGCCACCUGAAAAGGAAACCAGCAGCUACCAGGAAGAAACGGCACAUCUAAGGUCUGACACUGAGAGGAAGGACACGCUGCCAGCGAAGGAAACGGUCGUCUUGGCAGGUCGGAGUGGAACAGACGAGGUGGUGAGUCGGUUGGAGGCGGAGAGGGUGCAGCUCCACAGAGACCUGCAGCGCUGCAUGUAUGAGAUCCAACAACGAGACCAGUACUUCCAGCAACUCAACGUGAAGCUGCAGCAGGUCGCUGAGGAGAAAGGUGCGGUCGCAGCUCAGCUGAGGGCCGUUUCACAAACCCUGAGGGACACCCAGAACCGCUGCCACUGGCUGGAAGGACAAGUCCAAGGCCAGGCUCAGGUGUCAGUAUACACUGAGGUUGCACCCGGAGCGCCUCAGGAGAGGACCAACGACUCGAUGAUCUCUGAAGGUGCUGAAGCUGCUCAGCUCCGAGAAAGGCUGCUGGAGGUGGAGCAGAGUCUGGCAGACGAACGAGCCCGGAGAGAAACAGCUGAGGAGGCUCUGCGUCUUUCUGAAGACAGAGCAAAGAGUGCUGCUUCCAGUCUGUCCAGAGACAGCCAGAGAGACUUCAGCAUCGAGAUGGAAACAGAAGAGGAGUGGGAGGCUCUCAGUCUGAACCCAAACCAGCCUCUGUUAACACGGAAGGUGAAGGGCGGCAUGGUGGCCUGCCGGCGGUGGCUCAGAGGGCGGAGCCUCUACUUCUCCAGGCUGCUGACGAGCCGCGCCCGCUCUCGAUACUUGUUCCUGGCCUACUUGCUCACGAUACACGUGCUGGUCCUCAUGUGCCUCAGCGGUGCCCUGUAGGAAGGUCGCACCGCGUUUAUUUCCAUCAUGUCUGUAUUUAAAGCAUCCAACACUACAGCAGCUGUCCUUAAUGUGGACAGGAAGUGAGUCCUUUGAGAUUUUCACAGUAAAGUUGUGCAGAGCGUCCUCCACAGGAUGUGACUUUUAUUUCUUUUUUUUUUGAAACGUUGUAACUCGAGCCUUAAAGCAUGAUUCUCGUCUUUCCUCACUCGGUUCCUUAAUGAUUCAGGCGAGCCGCCUCCAGUUUGUUUUUCAGACCCAAAAGAAAAAUCACAGAAAUCCUCGAGCUGACGGAGUUCAAGAUGAACCUCCAUGUAACUCCACCUGAGAAGGUGCAGAAAGCCAUAUCCACUCUGGGUUAACGCGACCUUAUGAAUCCGUCGCUGUGAUGGGGACGAACAUGCAAACAUCCCGUCUGCGUCACAGAUCUCAGCACCAGCUGCUGCUCGCCCGCCUGCUUUCAUCCUUUGCACAUUAAUCGUGAUGCUGAGUUCAAACUAUGCACUGAAUCUCCAAAUGUGUAUAUAAUCAUCUCAUAUAAGCUCAGAAGCACUACACCCCUCCCCUCCUGUUCCCUUUAACUGUAAAGCCAAAGGUGUGUGUGUAUUCUCACCGCGGCAGUUUGAAGCUCUGGUUGGACUGCAGAGACGAGCAGACGGUUUAACGUACAUACUGUAUUUAAAGUUUUCUCUAUUUAUGUGUGCAUCCUCACAAAGUAUGCUGUACAGUAUCUGUUAUGGACUGUAUGUAUGUAGAUAUACAUUUCUAUCCUCUGCCUGAUGUUUGAUGAUUGUACAUUUCUUCUUGAUUGUUUGUGUUUUCUUUAAAAAGGUCGAUUAACGAGACGAACGCGUGAAAAACGUCUCCGGCUCGUUCGUUGAUGUUUUGUAGAAACACUCUGAUGGUUGCUGGUGAGUUUGUGGAACGUUGUCCUGAUGAUCUGUACAUAAAGGUGUGAUUGGUCAAAGAAACAAUGAGCUGAAUCUAUUUAUGAAAAAACAAACAAAGGUUGAACUACUGAUGAGAUGGUCUAUUUUUCUCUACUGCCUCUAUUUUUAAGAGAUAGUGACGCUUAACUCGGUGCAAUAACUGUCAGAGGUGAACUUUUUCAGAUCACCUGCAACCAUCUGCAGAGAAAUUUAAUAAAGCUUCCUGAACUUUUCUUCAUUUUGCCCACAUGAUGUCAUUUAAUAAAAAAACAGUCUGUGGUUCCUGCA